AUCCUCCUGUUGUUUUUGCUUGCCUUGAAGAUACAGUGGGAUUUUGCAUAAUUAGCCAGGCCCUUUGAUUGUUACUGUUUACAGUUAUCUAGAGAAUAUAAAACUUAAUAUCUGUGUUUUGCAAAUUUUCUUCAAAUAAGUAGAGUGCACGGGCUGUUGAUCUCGAGAAUGGAAAGGUACAAGGUCAUUAAGGAAGUCGGUAAUGGCACUUUUGGUAGUGUCUGGCGAGCUCUAAGCAAGCAGUCUGGGGAAGUGGUCGCGAUCAAGAAAAUGAAGAAGAAAUAUUACUCAUGGGAAGAAUGUAUAAAUCUCAGAGAAGUGAAGUCACUGAGGAAAAUGAACCAUCCAAAUAUAGUGAAGCUGAAGGAAGUUAUUAGGGAAAAUGAUGUCUUGUACUUUGUGUUUGAGUACAUGGACUGCAAUCUAUACCAGCUUAUGAAGGAUAGAGGAAAACAUUUUUCAGAAUCUGAAGUGAGAAACUGGUGCUUUCAAGUAUUUCAGGGUCUAGCAUACAUACAACAACGUGGAUACUUCCAUCGCGACCUCAAGCCAGAAAACUUGCUAGUAUCAAAGGACAUCAUAAAACUUGCUGAUUUUGGUCUCGCUCGUGAGAUCAAUUCUAAUCCUCCAUUUACUGAAUACGUCUCAACACGCUGGUAUCGGGCCCCUGAAGUUCUACUUCAGUCUCCAACAUAUGGUCCUCCAGUUGAUAUGUGGGCAAUGGGUGCAAUAAUGGCUGAAUUGUUCACACUUCGUCCUCUAUUUCCGGGUUCAAGUGAGGCUGAUGAGAUUUACAAGAUAUGCAAUGUAUUAGGCAGUCCAACCAAGAGUGUUUGGUCUGAGGGUCUUGAACUUGCUGGUGCCAUCAAUUACCAGUUUCCACAAGUAGCUGGGGUCCAUCUUUCUACGUUGAUACCAGGUGUUAGUGAAGAUGCAAUCAAUCUUAUCACAUCUCUUUGUUCGUGGGAUCCAAGUAAGAGGCCGACAGCCUCAGAGGCCCUACAACACCCCUUCUUCCAGAGUUGCUUUUAUGUUCCACCAUCUCUACGCUCUAAUAAAGCUGCUAUUACAAGAACACCUCCUUCUGCUGGAACAAGGGGACUUGCGGAGCAAAACUGUGCUAGAAGAUAUCCAGGCAGUUUAUCUAACCCUAAGCCCACAAACAAAUUUUCUCCUGCCAAACCACAGGUGUCCGUGAAUGCAGGUGCACAAAGGAAAUUGGAGAUGAAUAAUCAGCAGGAUGUGACUAAAAACGACAAGAACCUGAAAAGCAAUGUUAAGCCACAGCCAAGGUAUCGACCACCUGGACUAGACGGCCCACCAGCAGCUGGUAAUAACUUGGGGAGAAACCGUGGAGUAUCUGAUGCAGCUGAGAAAUUAGCAAACAUGAGAAUGGGGCCCGCUAGGCCGUUUGCAAAGCCGACUGUGCUGCCACCACCGAUGAAAGCGGGAGGAUGGCACGGCCAAUCUCAAGCGCUUAUUGGACGAUCGCAAGAAGUUAUUCCCGGUAGAUCUUAUAGCAGGAAGGUGGCUGGAUGAACAAGUAAUGUCUAAUCUCGUUAAGUACUGGAAAUAAUUCCUGUGUUUUCCAGUUUGUGCCGAUAAUAGCUCUAUAUAAAUUUGUCUCCCCAAUUACGUCUGUUUAUUCCCGUAUUUUGUUCUCUUUUUUGUCGGGUUUGAUUUUAAUGUUAGUGAAAUAUUGUGCUACUUGUUUUGUUAAUAGAACAUGCCAUUACCUAUGCAAUAAAGCAGUGUUUAUUUCUGU